AUGGCAGACACUCCUAGUUCCCAACAAGAUGCCCAGGCCGCUCGCGUGAUAUCUGGCCAUUUACCGUCGGGCUAUACUGCAGAGUUUGUCCCCGAGUCGGAUUCCGGAGAUGCGUCGAAAGAUCCAAAUGACGGCGAGGGCGAAUCCUCCCUCCAACUUCAGGGCGGUGACAUUCACAGAGACCUCUUUAAGAUACAUCACAGAGGCAAACUCCAGCAACGAGCUGCAACAUUCUCGUAUCCACGUGCUGACUCUACGAAUGACGAGGAUGAACAGCCUACGGUGGCAGGCCACCUUGUUCCUGGAGGCUUUCGACGCGAGUUUGUGAAGCAAAAAUAUGGCCGCUUCAACCCCGCUGUCAUGCCUGUCACACGAAAUUUUGUCGAAUUUCUUGCCUUGUACGGCAGUUUUGCCGGAGAAGACCUCGAAGACACUGACGACGAGGAUGCUCUCGAGGAUGAGGAAGAGGCCCCCACUGAGACCCGACCGUUGUUGAGUCGGCGGCGUACCACCACCCGAGCACAGAGAGGCGAUGCCGGCACCACGAAGACCUUUUUCACCUUACUCAAGGCUUUCAUCGGCACUGGCAUCAUGUUCUUGCCCAAAGCUUUCAACAACGGCGGCAUACUCUUCUCAUCCAUCACCUUGAUUACGGUCUCGUUGGUCACCACUUUGGCUUUCCAUCUGUUGUUGCAGUGUCGGCAGGUACACAAGAAGACCGGCUACGGAGAGCUUGGAGAGGCCAUUGGUGGUCCAAAGUUGAGAGCCAUCAUCCUUGGGUCCGUUACCAUCUCACAGCUAGGAUUUGUCUGCGCUGGCACUGUCUUCGUUGCACAAAACCUACACUCCUUCCUGCAAGCUGUCACCAAAGGCCCUCAGCCGCCGUUAUCCACGAACAUUCUCAUCGCCCUCCAGCUGCUGGCUCUGAUACCCUUGUCCUACAUCCGCAAUAUUUCGAAGCUUGGACCCGCGGCUCUGUUGGCAGACGUUUUUAUUCUCCUAGGUCUAGCAUAUAUAUACUUUUACGACAUCAGCACGCUCGCCACCGACGGUAUCCAUCCGACAGUCCAGCUCUUCAAUCCUGACUACUACACAAUGACUAUUGGUUCUGCCAUCUUCACAUUCGAGGGCAUAGGGCUCAUCCUCCCCAUUCAAUCUUCCAUGAAGCAACCUGAAAAGUUCGAACCCUUGCUAUGGGUCAUCAUGCUCAUCAAUACCGUUAUCUUCACCUCGAUAGGAGCUCUAUGCUAUGCCACCUUCGGCUCGGCCACGCAGAUCGAGGUCAUCUCCAAUUUUCCGCAGAACAGCAAGCUCGUCAACGCAGUGCAGUUUCUGUACGCCAUAGCAGUCAUGGCCGGCACUCCAGUUCAAUUGUUUCCGGCUCUUCGGAUAUUGGAGGGCAAGGUUUUCGGCCGUCGCUCUGGCAAGAGAGAUGCCUCGACGAAAUGGAAGAAGAAUGGAUUUCGAACGGCGCUCGUCGUGGUAUGCGUCUUGAUAGCAAUCCUGGGGUCCAACAACCUGGACAGGUUCGUGGCACUGAUCGGCUCGUUGGCUUGCGUUCCACUUGUGUACAUAUAUCCGCCAUUACUGCAUUACAGAGGUGUUGCCCAAACACCGUGGGCGAAGAUCGGCGACGUUGCGCUGAUGGCUCUGGGAACGGUAUGUAUGAUCUAUACCACCAUCAUCACUGUCGUCAAUAGCUUCCUGAAGUCUUGA